GCUUUGCCAUAUUUCGACAGACUUGAUUACGUUACCAUGUUGUGUAGUGAACAAUGUUAUUCGCUUGCAAUAGAAAAUCUUCUCAAUAUUGAGGUUCCACCACGUGCCAAAUUUAUUCGAACCCUAUUUGCUGAGUUGACGAGGGUCCAAAAUCAUUGUAUGGCUAUAGGAACACAUAUUUUGGACACUGGAGCAAUCACGCCAUUCUUUUGGCUUUUUGAGGAAAGAGAAAAGAUGUUUGAAUUUGUUGAGCGUGUCUGUGGGGCUAGAAUGCAUGCAAAUUACAUUCGUCCAGGUGGAGUGUCUCAGGAUAUGCCUCUGGGCCUGAUGGAUGAUAUAUAUGACUUCUGUUUAAAAUUCCCUCAACGAAUAGACGAAGUAGACGAUGCUAUAACUAACAAUCCAGUUUGGAUAGGCAGGACUAAAGAUGUUGGUGUAGUUUCGGCUGAGGACGCCAUUGAUCUAGGCUUUUCUGGUGUUAUGCUACGCGGUUCUGGUAUUCAGUGGGAUUUACGUAAGACCCAGCCAUACGAUGCUUAUGCUGAAGUAGAGUUUGAUGUACCGAUCGGAAAAAAUGGCGAUAACUACGAUAGAUAUCUUAUUCGCAUGGAGGAAAUGCGUCAGUCUAUAAAUAUUAUCAUUCAAUGCAUGAACAAAAUGCCUGCAGGCGAAGUAAAGCUCGAUGAUGCCAAAAUAAGUCCGCCCUCUAGAGCAGAGAUGAAGGAGUCGAUGGAAGCUUUGAUUCACCAUUUUAAACUCUUUACAGAAGGAUACUUGUUCGUCAAUGAGUUUUAA